UGUCUCCCCAGAGUGUUGGAGCUGAGGGGAAUGUUCAGGCAUUAAGUUUCUAAGGAGAGUUAUGCUGUCAACAACUCCAGGGUGCUUUUUGGAAAUUGCAAGAUUCUGAGUUUCUGUCCUGAUUGGUUCCAGCUCCAUUGUCCCUCCCUCUUGUCCUUCAAUAAACCAUUUGCAGAAGCCCUUCCACCUACAUUGCUCAGCAAGAAGCCAGGAACCAGCCACAGGAAAAGGAUCUCAGCUGGUGGUGUCAGCAAGAUGGAAACCAACUUCUCCGUCCCUCUGAAUGGAUCCAAUGUGAGGCCCCAUCAGCCUCCUGGCUACGCUGUUGUGAAUAUCCUCUCAUUGGUGGUGCUUGGGAUCACUUUUGUCCUCGGAAUCCUGGGCAAUGGGCUUGUGAUCUGGGUGGCUGGAUUCCGGAUGGCACGCACAGUCACCACCCUCUGUUACCUGAACUUGGCCAUAGCUGACUUCUCUUUCACUACUACCAUUCCCUUCCUCAUGGUCUCAAUGGCCAUGGGAAAACAAUGGCCUUUUGGCUGGUUCCUAUGCAAGUUAGUUCACAUCGUGGUGGACAUCAACCUGUUUGGGAGUGUCUUCCUAAUUGCUUUCAUUGCUCUAGACCGCUGUAUUUGUGUCCUGCAUCCAAUCUGGGCCCAAAACCACCGCACUGUAGGUCUGGCUACAAAACUGAUCAUGGGACCCUGGAUUCUUGCUCUAAUCCUCACCUCACAAAUUUUCCUCUUCUUCACUACAAAAAGUGAUGGGAAAGGGAAUACACUCUGUACUUUCAGCUUCGAAUCCUGGGGUAACACCACUGAUGAGAAGAGGAAGAUAACCGUCACCGUGUUGACAGUCAGAGGGAUCAUCCGGUUUAUCAUUGGCUUCAGUAUGCCGAUGUCCAUCGUCGCAAUCUGCUAUGGCCUCAUUGCUGCCAAGAUGCACAAAAAAGGCAUGAUUAAAUCCAGCCACCCCUUACGGGUCCUCACUGCUGUUGUGGCUUCUUUCUUUCUCUGUUGGUUCCCCUUUCAACUGUUUGCCCUUCUUGGCACAGUCUGGAUCAAAGAAAUAUAUUUUGAAGGUAAGCACAAAAUCAUUAUUCUCCUUAUUAACCUAACGAGCUCCCUGGCCUUCUUCAACAGCUGCCUCAACCCAAUACUCUAUGUCUUCGUGGGUCGAGACUUCCGAAAGAAACUGAUCCACUCCCUGCCAGCCAGUCUGGAGAGGGCCCUGAGUGAGGACUCAGCCCAGACCAGUGACACAAUAACCAAAUCUUCUUCAUCCCCUGCAGAAGUCCAGUUACAGGCAAUGUGAGGAGGUCUGGGGGACAUUUUUGAGAUCUGCCUGCCCCUACCAUGCUCCCAGUUGCAGCUUCAUUUCCCUUGGAUCAUCCUGAGCCACUCAUCUUGAAUAAUGCUUUGGGGCCCCCUGAUGUGGGGGGAAGAAGGACAUAAGGGUAGCAUUCUUGUCAUUUUGGGGUUUUGGACCUCAGCCUAUAACCCGGUGUAAGCAGAGGUGGGAAAAUAAAACAAAAGAAAGAGUGAUGGGGAAUUUGUAAAGCUUAGCUGAGAGAGUCAAUUAAGGGGAAAACUUUAUUAUUUCAUCAUUAAAUACGAUGUUGCCUGUAGCGUUUAUUUAAAACCUAUUUUUCAUAAGACUACGCAAGUUUACUCUUUCUACCUCAUUAAAGCUUUUCUUUUUUUAUAAUUGUGAAUGGUUAUUGGAUUGUAUCUAAUGCAUUUUCUGCAUAUAUUAAGGAUGAUUAUAUUAUUUUUAUCUUCUUAUUUAUAUCAUCAAAAUUACACUGAUUAAUUUUUGAAUGUUAAAUUACCCUGCAUUCCUAGAAUAAAUCAAGCUUGGUCAUGACAUAUUUUACGUAUUUAUAAAUUAAUCUCACUAGAUUGUUUGGAAUUUCUGCAGUUAUGUUUAUGCAAUGAUUAGUCUGUUAUUUUGCUUUCCUCUAAUGUCCUUGUCAGGUUUUACAUCAAACUUAUAAUGGCCUCCUGAAAGGAGUCAGGAAGGGACUCCUCUCAUUCUAUUCCCUGGUGUUACAUCUGUUAUAAAUGUUUAGAGAAAUUCUCCAGUGAAGCCUAUUGGGUCUCAGGUUUUGUUUCUGGGAAGGUUUUAAUGGCAAGUUCAAUUUCUUUAAGAGUUAUUGGACUAUUCAGAUUUUCUAUUUCCUCUUCUGUCAGUUUUGGUAAACUGUGACUUUCAAGGAAUUUAGCCAUUUCAUCGAAACUGCCAAACUUAUUGGCAUGAAACAGUAUAACUGUGUAUAGCGCUUGUAUGGUUUCCUUCAUGUAAUGAGAGUGUAAGCUGAGGGCAGGGAUUUUGGUCUGUACUGUUCACUGAUGGAUCUCCAUACCCCAAGUGUAAAAUAGUGCCUGACAUGUGACAGAGUCUCAAUAAAUAGUUGUGGAAUUAAUGAAUCAGUAACAAUAAUAUCACUCAGGUGUCAAGUGAGAACCUUCAGUGUCUAGCUAAAAUUAUCUCUGACCCUUCUAUCAUGCCUUGGGCCACAUCCAGUGAACUCUCACCCCCAUGCCCACAAUUUUUACAAAUUCCCACGUGGUUUACAUUUUAUGAACACCUGUGGUUUGGGGUUUCUGCUAAAGUACUCUGGCUAACUGUUGCCUGAUGACUUUGUUUUGAAAUAAAUCAGUCCACAAUA